AUGGAAGCCUCAGAUAAAAAACAGUUCACAUCAAUCAAGACUUAAAUUGAGAAAAUCGUAGAUGAUAAGGUCGAUGAGAUCUUUAAAGACUACAAUUAUGAUGGUUAGAAUGCUUAGGAGAAGUCAAACCAAGUCGCAGAAGCUAUAGUAAAGGAGGCUCAAUAACUUGCUAGUAAAAAUUUUAAAUUGCAGGCCAUCGCAAUGGUUCUUAAUAAAGAGACAUCAGGCUUCCAUUUGAGCGCCUCAUGCUACUGGGACUCAACUUAGGACGGCAACAUCAACAAGAAGUUUGAUAAGUUUGAAACUUUCUAUGUGAUCAUUACAUUAUUCGGUAUAUCAAGAGCAUGA